UAAACAAACUGCACAUUCAAUGAAGCCUAUUGUAUCUCCGGUUGAAAUACAAUGUUUAACAAUUUUUAUAACAUAAUCCGCAUAACGAUUUAUGUUUUGUUCUUUCUCUCCAUUUUUCACAAACGCUUGCACACAACCGAAAACAUAUGCUCACCAUAAUCUGCACCACCAACCACCACUCACCACAAAUCACCACCAACCAACGAUUGACACUCACCAUCACAACACACCCCUCCCACCGCCGCCAGAUGACAUACAGCACUACUCGGCGGACGACUGUCAGGUAACGCCGGUGAUUCACGUGCUCCAGUAUCCGGGCUGCGUCCCGAAACCGAUCCCGUCCUUUGCGUGCGUUGGCCGCUGCGCCAGCUACAUUCAGGUUUCGGGCAGCAAGAUCUGGCAGAUGGAGCGGUCCUGCAUGUGCUGCCAGGAGUCGGGCGAACGGGAAGCUUCGGUCUCCCUGUUUUGUCCCAAGGCGAAAAAUGGCGAGAAAAAGUUCAAAAAAGUACAUCAUCCCCUGUGUACAUAAAUGGGUAGCUACGUACGCUGCAGUGUGCCUUUGUGCUAUGCUUGCCGUGCGCUUUGUUGUGUUUUUUUGCGCUUGUGCUAUCUGUUUGUGAAUGUGUCUGUGUAGGUCUCAAUUUAUUACCAUGAAUCAAGGAAUUACUAUACGUGUAUGCUGAAAAUGUAGUGAUCAAUGAUAACAUAUAUGAAGACGAAGUGCAUAGUGGGUAUCCCUUUCGCAUACAAC